ACUCCAUGCUGGGGGAACCUCAGAUCCUUCCACGCCACAGGACUGUCAGGUUCUCUUUAGUGCAUACCUUGUCUCCAGAGGUUUACUAGAGGGAUUGAUCAGGGCUAGAAGAGGAGAGACUCAUCCUCUAUCGGCUCCAAUGCUUCUGACAGAGGAGUCUGGUCUUCUCUAUUUUCGUUGGUGAGCCAGAUGAACCUUCACGUGCCAGCCCACAUUCAGUGCAAAACCAAGGUAAAGUGUCUCUGUGUGAUAGUGUUCCUGAGUCUCCCCUUGACCAUGGGAGACCCUGGUCCAUGCAGACACUCUAUCACCAGACAUCACCUGCUGACCAUAAGACGCCUGAUAGAUAACCAGUUGCAGAGUGGAUGCUCAAUAACCUACACAUUAAUUGAGCGGAGAAGUUUGAGUAAAUGUUGCUAUGUGAAAGCUGCCCUGCCCUGGAUCUUGGAGCUCCUGACCAGCCACUUCAGAUACACCCAGGGCUCAGACAACCACAGCUACGUCCUGUCUCUGAUCGGUCUCAUCCACAACAUCUACUCUCAGAGAUGUGUACCACAGAUCAACGAGGAGCUGGAGGAUGACCCAGUGAGGUUUGGGAUGUCAUUCAGCAGUUCCCCAUCAGAGGCACUGGGGAGGGUCCAGGAUGUCCUGUCUGAGUACUGGGAGCUGGUGACCACCAGGGACUCCCCAGUAGACUGGAGCUGUGAGAGGGAGUACACAGACACAGCAGAGCCCCCCACAGCCCUCCCUACAGCGCUCUCUCUGACUACAGUAAGCACCUUUUGGGACUCAGCGAAAGCCCCUCAGACUGGUCUAGAUGGAGACCAAGAUGGAGACCUGAAGUUUGAUUUCAUGGUCAUAGCUCCAUCAGUCUGUGGAGUACUGAUGUUCAUAUUCACUCUCUAUUGCCUCAUCACACACAAGAUGUUCCACAGUACUUAUCAUCACACAUCACAAGUGUACCAAAACUCAAGUUUGCGUACAGAUAUUCAGGACAUAGAGAUGCAGGUGCAAUAAAAAGGCCAUAAAAGACAGAUUGCUACUGAUGGAGGAGCACAUCUGGAGAUGAGGAUUUACCUGAAGCUCUCAUCUCUAAUACAUAAAGUCCAAUAGUGUUAGACAUUCCAUAGAAAUUUCCAGUAUUUUUCUGGCCGGCAGGCACCAUAAGCACUAUCAAUGGAUUUUAAUAAACCUUCUCUUUUUGAUAAGCCUUUCAAGUAGGGGAUGUUUUGAUAAUCUAUAUUGUAUAUUGUGUGUGUAUACAGUGCAUUCAG